AGCCUUUCCCCCCUGCGCCCCCCGCACUCCUGGCGAAUAACCUGGUGGGUACUCGUCGUGAUCGGAGCUUCUCAUGUUGGACCCAAGAUCCGAAAUCUACCCCACCAUAGAGUAUCGCCCCAUCCAGCCCUCCGACCUCGAGGUUCUUGAGAAGAUUCAUCUCUCGCUGUUUCCUAUAAGGUACGAGAGGGAGUUCUUCUUGAACGUUGUCAAUGGUAAUGGUGUCAUUUCGUGGGGUGCUGUGGACACUAGCAGAUCGGAUGAAGGCAGGGAUGAGCUGAUAGGCUUUGUGACCACGAGGAUGAUUGCAGCAAAAGAUAGCGAGAUCGAGGAUUUAUUUAGAUACAACAACUCGCACAAAGAUCUAACACUUCUUUAUAUCCUGACGCUUGGUGUAGUGGAUAGCUACAGAAACCUCGGCAUAGCUUCUUCGCUUGUUCGAGAGGUGAUUAAACAUGCUGCAAGUGUAUCAAAUUGCAGGGGUGUUUAUUUACAUGUCAUCUCAUAUAACCAGCCUGCAAUUAACUUUUACAAGAAGAUGCUAUUUAAGCUAGUCAGAAGACUUCCGAUGUUCUACUACAUAAGAGGGCAGCAUUAUGACUCAUACUUGUUUGUGUAUUAUGUCAAUGGGGGGCGUACGCCUUGUUCACCACUCUUAAACUCGCAUAUUGGACUUUUGCCUCCUUCUGCAACUUUUGGUGUUGCCUCUCGUGAAUACAUUAUUAGGUACAUUCUGAAGUUCUGGGUUAUUUGAAGGGAAUGAACUC